AAGCAUUCUGGGGCUUCGUGUUACAGGCCUUAUACGGGGCCGGGGCCCCUGUGUCUCUGCUGGUCUCUGCUAUUCUUAGCCUGUCUGUCCCUCAACCUCAGCAACCCUACAGGCAAGAAAUUCUUCUCCACCCAUAGUUUAGGUAUAAGGUUGUUAUUUGAAGCUUUGCGCUCUCACAGACCUGAGGUAUUAAGAUAGUUUGCGAAUUCGGGGGUCAGGCUCUGGGAGGAUUGCCUGUUUUUGUGCAGUCGCUCAGCUGUGCCCUGCUCUCUUUUCCUGUGUGCAAUUCGCAUGUGUACUUGUGUGUUCGAACGCGUGCCUGUGGGUUCAUUUGUGUGUCUUCAAAGGUUUCCACAGCACCUGACCCACCCACUCACCAGCACCACCACCGCCCCAGGCUGUUCGUCCUGAGAGCUGGGAGCAGACCAAGAGAGACGGUUGUGAACCCGGGGCUGACUGAGGAGGAGCCAUCGUUGAGGCACCGACUGGGACAAAAGGAUAGCAGAACCAGGGCGAAACAUCCAGGAGGAAGCGCACAGUCAGAAGGAGUUGUUAGCAGGUGGAGUGCUGACAUUUAACAGAAGAUGAGUACGUACACAGUGACUCUGAAUGGCCCUGCUCCAUGGGGCUUCAGACUACAGGGAGGGAAGGACUUCAACAUGCCGCUCACUAUCUCCAGGAUAACUCCUGGGAGCAAGGCGGCCGGCGGCAGCCUGGCCCAGGGUGACAUCAUCUCAGCCAUCGACGGUGUCAGCACUGAGGGGAUGACGCACCUGGAGGCCCAGAACAAGAUCAAGUCUGCCAUCCACAAACUGUCGCUCACAAUGCAGAAAUCAAGACGUCCUGCUCCAGUUCCCACGGCAACUCCAAGAAUGGACUCACCUAUGCCAGUCAUCGCACACCAGAAGGUCAUUGCAAACACAGCAGCAAAUGUGGAGUACACCCCCAGCUUCAACCCCAUAGCCCUGAAAGACUCUGCCCUCUCCACCCACAAGCCCAUUGAGGUGAGGGGUCCAGGAGGAAAGGCCACCAUCGUUCACGCCCAGUAUAACACACCAAUCAGCAUGUACUCACAGGACGCCAUCAUGGACGCCAUUGCAGGACAAUCGCAGGCUAAGGGUCACGAAAGUGGAGCGCUGCCCAUCAAGGAGCCUGUAGUAGACUGCGCCUCUCCAGUUUACCAAGCAGUGAUCAGGCCAGGAGAGACGAACCAGGACAUGUCCGAGUGGGCUCGCCGUGCUGCCAACCUGCAGUCUAAAAGCUUCAGGAUCCUGGCCCACAUCACUGGCACUGAAUACAUGCAAGAUCCAGAUGAAGAGGCACUUCAGAGGUCGAGAGAGAAGUUUGAGUCAGAGGUCAAAGGGCCUCGCUUCGCCAAGUUGAAGAACUGGCACCAGGGACUGUCUUCACAGAUCCUCAACAUCCAGGAAUAAUUGGGGAAAGGAAAUGCAGAAAGAGGAAGCAUAAGAGAUGGGAGGGGGACAUGCAAACAUGGGCAAAAGUAUAAGCAUUAACAGGAAGAAGUGGUAAAUUAGGGCAAGAAAAGUGAGCAGGAGAAGGAGGAAACUCCUCAGGAAUGUGAAAUAGAUGUUGCCUAGAUUAGUAGAAUGUGAGACAAUAAUUGUUAGAGUGAGGAUGCUAUGUGUUUAUAUGCUCCCAUGUCAAAUAUAUCUGUCUGCUGCUAAGACCUGAUCUCACAUUUGGGUUUGUUUUUUUUCUUUCCUCUUUGUGACUUCUCUGUCUCUUAAAUUAAAGGGAAAUUGUACAAAAAAUACGUAUUUAAGUGAAAAUGCAGAAAAUAUGUUUAUCUUAUGCGCCAGAACCUGUACCACAUGCACAAAUGUAUGGCUUUUGACACAAUGAGCAUAUUUGUCAAAUGGGACACUAGGAGAAAUACACCCAAAGAGGUUUAUCUACAUGCACAACUACAAUAUGUAAAAAAAAAAAACAGAAUGCACUCAAAAAAUGUACUGUUAUCAAUGUGUGAAUAAAAAUGUGAAUAAAAA